AUGGGCCCACAAAAGAGGGCUAAAGAGGGCAAUGCCGUGGUCCGCAAGUUGAGCUCAAACCCUCCACGAACAUACGACAGAGCACCGCAACCAAAGAACUUGGUUGCGGCUACCAGCCUGGAGAAGGAAACCACGGAGUGCUGUGAGGAACCAGCCACAUGGGCGACGAUAGUAGCGAAUUUGCCAAUAGCUGCUAAGUUCCCAGCUCCCCCACUACAACGGAGAUUAACUACUCCAAAAGUGAAGGAGGAUGUACCUUUGGGCGUAGAGGAGGCUUUUGGAAUGACGAUAAAUGUCAUUUUCAGGGGGAAAAUUGGAAUGGCUUGGGAAGCCGAAGAAGCCACGACCACAUCCGCGACCCCCACCCACAAAAACGGUGUAAUCCCUCGGGCAUUACGUUCGAGGAUCCUCUAG